GUGCAGCCGGAUCGUUACCCCCCAUUAUAAAUAACGGCGUCUGACAACUCAACAAUACUCAGUGUGUGUGUUGGAACCGCGACAGGCCCACGUCUCUAGUGCACGCCCCGACGGAGCGAUCUAUUUUUCUUUUUUAUUUGGCUGUAGCCAUUGUAUGGAGCGAGAAAGACUAACAACAUCGGUGUUAGAGAGUCAGCGUGCGCUACCCGAGCCGCCGCGGUCCGAGCGGGAUGACACCGACUGGGAGGCCGAGGGCGCCGACCGCUGGUCCCCCACCGUCGGCCGCUGGGGCGCCGAGUGGCCGAGUUGACUCUUUGUGGACCCCCCCGUGACCUACCCGCUGCCGCGCGCGCGAUGGGGGACGGCGCGCCCCGCGCUACGCCUGUCCCUCGCCGCUCAUGAAAGCCUAGCCACGCAACUCGAGGGCAUAUUACGCAAGCUCAUCUUCAACGAGAACUAUGACUCGGUCAGCAACUUCAUCAGCUUCUACGAGGCGUAUGAAGCGAGUGAUCAGCCGCUGGGUGAGGUCUAUCAAGAGUAUCGCCCGCCGCUUAUGGAGAAGAAGCACACGUGCGUGGGACUCGCUAUUGAACUGGUGAAGCAGUGGAGACGGCUGGACAAGGGGUUCAAGGGGUUGGGGCGCGCGCUGUCCAUAUACUCUUGUGAGGAGAAGGUGGAAAACGGCGGCGAGUACGUGAACAAAGCCGAGCCGGAGCUGGUGGAUGGAGCUGAGAAGGAGCACGUGAUGGCGGGGAUACACAUCGAGGUGGACGGGCGCGCCGGCGUGCUGCUGGCCGACCCCGGCUACCACGUGCCGAGAGUGCUCACUGUCAUGGAGGAUGGGGCUUACCCGCACACAGGCUGGUUCACCCAAUCCGACGAGCCGCACUCCCGCAAAGAGUACCACUACGCGUUCAACUCUCACCACCACGGCUACGUCGAGUGGCGCGAGAGAGACACCCGCGGCCCGCUGGUCGUCAGCCAGACGUCGCUCAUCUACGUCGCCAGGCCGUAUCUCACUGGAGUGAAUGUGACUGAGAGACGGAACCUCGUUUAUAACUUCAAGAGUCUCCUAUCCCGCGACCAGAAGGGCCACGUGACGGCCGGGAUCUACUUCCCCGUGGGUGCGAGAGGGAAGGACGCUCAGUUCACUCUCUUCCUCGACGACGGAACCUCGAAGCAGAAGACAAAGUUCAAAUUCAGUGCCUUUUUGAGACGAGAUGAGGUGCCAGAAGCCAUAGAGGAUCAAAUAGAGCAGUGCAACAAGCAGAUGAACUACAAAUACGGGAACCUUCUAGACACCAUCUGCAGAGCUGCAAGAGUCAUGACCGACGACUCAUUUAUACAACAACUGCUGGAGAUCAACGAUGAUAUAGCUGCAGUUUCGCUGUGAGCUAAGAAAUGGAAACAAGCCAAAAGAAAAUGGCGGCCAAGAUGGCGAAAACAUAACCUCAAAAUAUAUCGUAAAACGAAGUUACUUAUGUUGGUACAAUCUUAAUGUUAGUUUGUAUUUUUUUUACUGAUCUGUAUAAUUUAAUUUUAUUAACUUGUUCAAUGGGAAUGGGAAUUAUUUUGAAUUGUGUUCCUUAGUUCAUAAGUUGAUUUUUUAUUCGAUCGAGUUAGCUUACAUUUUCUAUGGAUUUUACUAUUUUGGUGGCAGAUUUAUAUGAAAUACACAUUUAUAUGACAGUU